AUGUCUUCGGGAACGUUUGUGGAUAGGAUUGACCCUUUCGCAAAGCGAUCAGUGAAGAAAAAGACUAAGAAGUCUCAAGGAUCAUCACGGUAUCGCAAUACGCAAGAUGUGGAGCUUCAGGCACUGCCUCUGCUAAAAGAUGUCCCCACCAGUGAGCAAGAGGAACUUUUUAUUCGCAAAUUGCGACAAUGCUGUGUUGCUUUUGACUUCAUGGAUCCUGUGGCCGAUGUUAAGGGAAAAGAGAUUAAGCGUGCCACACUUAAUGAGCUUGUAGAGUACAUCACUCCUGGGCGUGGAGUGCUCACUGAACCUGUGUAUCCUGAGAUAAUUAAAAUGAUAUCGGCGAACCUAUUCCGCACUCUGCCGCCAAGUGAAAAUCCUGACUUCGAUCCAGAGGAAGACGACCCGACGUUGGAGGCCUCGUGGCCGCACCUUCAGCUAGUUUACGAGUUCUUCCUGCGCUUCCUCGAGUCUACCGAUUUCCAGCCCACCAUUGGCAAGAAGGUCAUCGACCAGAAAUUUGUAUUGCAGCUCUUAGAUUUGUUCGACUCGGAGGACCCUCGCGAACGUGACUUUUUGAAGACCGUUCUGCACCGCAUCUACGGCAAGUUUUUGGGUCUCCGAGCCUUCAUACGAAAACAAAUCAACAAUAUUUUCCUUAGAUUUGUUUAUGAAACUGAACAUUUCAACGGCGUGGGAGAGCUUCUAGAAAUAUUGGGAAGUAUAAUAAACGGAUUCGCUCUGCCCCUGAAGAGUGAGCAUAAACAGUUUCUGGUGAAGGUGCUGCUGCCGCUGCACAAGGUGAAGUGUCUGUCGUUGUACCACGCGCAGCUCGCCUACUGCGUGGUCCAAUUUCUGGAGAAAGACGCCACGCUCACCGAGCCCGUGGUGCGCGGCCUGCUCAAGUUCUGGCCCAAGACGUGCUCCCAGAAAGAGGUGAUGUUCCUUGGCGAGAUUGAGGAAAUUUUGGAUGUUAUUGAGCCGGCUCAAUUCGCCAAAAUUCAAGAAUCCCUAUUUAGACAAAUUGCUAAGUGUGUAUCCAGUCCACAUUUCCAGGUGGCUGAAAGGGCACUAUACUUCUGGAACAACGAAUACAUACUUUCCCUAAUGGAAGAGAACAACCAAGUCAUAAUGCCUAUUAUGUUUCCUGCUUUGUAUAGGAUGAGCAAGGAGCACUGGAAUCAGACCAUAGUGACGCUCGUCUACAACGUCCUCAAGACGUUCAUGGAAAUGAAUUCCAAGCUGUUCGAUGAACUUACCGCUAGCUACAAAGCAGAGCGGCAGAAAGAAAAGAAGCGCGAGAAAGAGCGCGACGAGCUGUGGAAGCGGCUGGGCGAGAUGGAGAUAAGCCACAAGCGGCAGCAGGCGGCCACCGGCGCUGCCCUCAACCGCAUUUUACAAUCAUCACUAAGUAGAGCGGCGCGGACGCCGCCGCCCGCGCCUCUGUAUAUAGUAUGUACGAUACGCGCGCCGCGUAUUUGGAUAAGUCCUGUUCUGAGAAUAAAGAUGAGUCGCCGAAGUUCACGCCAUUAUUCUGCUCGGACUCCUAAAAUGCCUUUAGGACUCAUUGGAUUGAUGGAAGAACUUUCGAGGGAUGUUCUUAGAAAUAAUCCAACUGAAUUAUACUCUUUUUGCGCCGAGCAUAUGAAGAAAUUACUGAUAAUUAGAGAUGGCGCCAAGUCUAAAAAGUUUCUUACACUAGAACAGAAAAUAGAAUUGGCUAGAACAAAAGUAAUGGAAAGGGCAGCUCAGAGAUGUGAAAAUUACGAUAAGAAAAUGCAAGAAAUAAAAAAUAAUGAGUCUACACGAAAAGUUCAUUUGAAUAAUGAAGAGCAAUAUGGGCAAGAACAAAAUGUAGUUAUAAUACAACAAAGUGAUUUAAAGAAAAAUAUAGAACCUGAAAUAGUUGGUAAUAUAUAUAAUGGAAAACAAAUAUCUGAAACACUAAUAGAAAACGUCAUCGGCACAGAAGCUGAUAGUUCACAAUUAACUGAUGCGAUUCAAUGUGACAACAACGAAAAUAUUUCGUCUCUGACAGAUCAUGACUUGGACAAUGUCUCAGAAAGAAAAGAUAUCCAGGCAAAGAAUGAAGAAAGCAAAGAUGUCCAAUGUUCUGUAGGGAUAACUAAACAGGAUACCAACAAAAUUAUUAUUAUAGACACAGAAAAAAAUAAAAUUGCGCAAGACUGCAAACCUAUAUGUGAUGAAGAAUUUAACGCCAGUAUUGAUGAGAGUAAAAACAAUAUACCUGAUAGUGAACUUUUGAGCACAGAGAUAGGUGACAUUUUAAAAGAACAUGAUGACAAUCAUGAGUAUAUAGACAGCACAAAAAUUGAAUUGGAGAUAAAUCAACACCCAAUCGAAAACAAUAACACUGAAACUAAUUUUGAUACAAUCCAUGAUACCAAGAACGAGAAUCUCCAAGAUACUCACGAUGAAAGAGAUACAAAAAGAAUGGUAGAAAAUGAAUUGUGCACAACAGCCAACGUGACUGUAAAUGAAAAUCCUAAAAAAGAUAUUGAAGAUACCAAUCUUUCUUUAGAACUAGAACCAACGAAAGAGAAGAUUAAUGAUGAAACACAAAAUGAAAAGUCCAGAAAGUUACAGAAUCAAGCUAAUAGUAAUUCUAUGGACUUAGAAACGGCUGCAAUUACUAUACAAAAAGUGUUCCGGUCCUUUCUUUUUAGAAAUAAAACUCAAAGCAUUGACGAUGCAACUAACGUUGAUAUCAAUUUAUUAAUAGAAGAAAAAGAAAAGAAGGAUGAUUGCAGUCAGGUAAAUGUGAACGUUAAUAAGGAUCGACGAACAUUAGGAGUUAAUAGAAUGGAUACUAUGUUACAAACAGUUAACGAAGAGAAAUCUUUGUCUUUGUCUACUGAUGAUUCUUCCACAUUAUCCAGCGCAGCUACAGUAAUCCAAGCUCGUGUUAGAGGUUUUUUGGUUAGAAAUAAAUUUAAUAAUAACAAAACAACUUUCAGCACAUCUGGCAUUGAUUCCGAUGGACAGUCAUUUCCAUCUAUAGAAGGUGAUAACGACAAUCGAAAAAAUAAAACUGUCUUAAAUAUACAUAUUGUCCCAGAAAGCGGUCAUUUUAUGAGCAGAGACGAAAGUAUGCUUACUUCUAUUGAUCUAUCUUUAGAUGGUAGCCCUCCUAGCUCUUCUAACUUACAUCCCUUAGGAUAUGAUAAAACUGAAAGAAGAAAGCAAUUAAAGAGAGAAGACGCAAUACAGUCGAUUUCACCUCCAAGUAACAAUAGUGGAAAACUAAGUGAAGAUGUUGAUUCUGUGAAGGAAAUAUUAAUUAAUCCCGAUAAUACUGAUCAAUGUGAUAAUAAAACUAAUAUUAACGAUAGCAUUGAUAAAAAUAUUUCCCCAAUUAAUGCUUUAAAUGAUGAAAAUGUUUCCACUGUAAUUAGCAAAGAAGAAACUGAUGCAGAACAAAAUGUCAGUUUUGAUUAUUCAAUGAAUUUAAAUCGUCUUAGUACUCUAGCUGAAAUGGCAUCGGAUGAAAUGGACGUCAUUACUCCAAAUGUCUGUCUAGACGGAAAUACUCCAGACUCUGUAAGCGAUAUAAAAUUAAUACAUUCGGGAGAAUGCCACGAUGUGGUUCUACCUACAAAAGUGUCCAGGAAUGACACCUCAGUCGUGCGUGGUGAG